AUGUCUGAACGAGAUCUACCGUCCCGAGUCGACUCAGAACGCAGCAUUCCUUCUUCUAAAUCUGUACCGGCCUUACACCAAAUCCAUUCGCCCAAUCAGGAGCAGCCUAGAGUACCUGGUGGGCCGCCUAACAACUUCUUAGUCGAUGGGACGUCUUCAAGUAACAGUAUCAGUACAAAUAAUCUUCACGGCGCGGUGCCGAACGGUCCUGCUGGAUUAAGAAGUCGCUCGACACACAACCUCAAUCAGCAGGAUGCAGGUUUCUAUCAAAAUCUCAGCGUUUAUAGGAAUAAAAUGCCCAGUCCACAACAAUUGGGUGAUAGGACUUCGGCACUUCGCUCUUCACAAAACUCUCUUCAAUCUUCCAUAACUUCGCCCAAUUCGCAACGGCCUUCUUCUGCUUAUUACCCGGCCAAUCAGGCGCCGAAUUUCAACAGGCCCAACUUGCACCAGUCUAUUCCUAACCUCAAAAGUCCGCCUUCGAUGCAACGGUUGCAAGGGGAGGAAGAAAGAAACGCUAGAUUGCCGGCAGGUGUAACUGGCAGUUAUCCCAAUAUGACAGGACAAGGAGGUCAAUAUUACGGACAACACCAAGCUUACCCAGCUGGUCAACAACAAGCGUAUCAACGUCAACCCAACCAACAAGCCUACUCCGCAAACGAAGACAUAAAUCGCUCUCAGUAUGGCUCACCUUACUCUAAUCCCAACCAGCCUUACCCUUCACCUACUCACAGUAGUACUCCCAACUACCCCAAUAACGUACAAAACAAUUAUUCUUCCCACACCAUGCCACAUCAGUUGCAUAACAACAUCAACUCUAACACUAUGCCAGGGAGCGUUAGUUCGAACAAUGGGUCAAAUAAGUUAGAUGAAAGAACUGAAAAUGGUAGAAUAGAUCAAAGAGGGUACGGCAGCACGGGUGGUCUUCUGCGAGAGGACAUGUUUAGACACUCGCAGAGCUCUAAACAUGAAGAGAUGAUGAGGUAUCCCAGCACGAAUAACGUCAGAAUAUCGGAGGCUCAGAUUCAGAGUAGUCGUGGCAGUGAAGAUCUCAACAGGCAUCAAGAAAUAAGAAACUCGAAAAGUGAUGACAUGUUGAAGCAUCAUCACCAAGGAGAGAUGAUGCGGUACGCCAGCAGUGGAAACAUCAGAGCGCAUGACCUAAAUCAACCUCUAAGACCAAACCCAGACCACUUGCAUCAACAAAGGCUAACCAACGAGGAAAGAAUACUCAGGGGACAGGCCAAAUUAGCGGAAAUGGGCGAGGAAGUCAGAAGAAGGCAGCAACAUCAACAGGCUAGGAUGAUGAAUCAGCAAUACAACUCACAGAUGCCUCCUAACGCGUUCUAUCAGCAACAGCAACAGCAGCAUUACUAUAACACUCAUAUGGCUCAGUCCAUGCAGAAUCUAUCUUUAAAUGCUCCAUAUCAAAAUAGUCAGCCUGUGACGCAGGCUAGUACAAGUUAUAACCAGCAUUAUCCACCAAAUACUUCAGCUCAAACCAAUUAUCAGCAAGCCGGUGCUGGCGGUUCGUAUUAUGGGACUCACGGACCUACCUCGCCGACUUACAGGCCUCAAAAUCUACCACAGAAGAUGAGUAAACGAACUGAGUCACCUCCUGCCUUACCACCAACGAGUACUCACCCGUUAUAUUCACCGACAUCGACGCAGAGUGACUCGAACACUUACACAGCGUCCAAUCAGGAUCCUCCAAAGAUGGCUUACUAUCCGGCCGCGUCUUCUACUCAGAACUCGAAACCGCCACGAGAUCCAUGGGCUAGAGAGGAACAAGAAAGACAACAAGGUAUGACUACUAAAUUUUUAUUACAAAGUGAGAGAUAUACCAAGUGCUCUCUGCUGCAAAAAGGAAGCAGACAGGAAGCGGCUAGGCAAUGGCAAGAACAACAAAUCAGAGAACUUGCAUCACUACCAUACCGAACGCCUCAACAAGAAGAACAAUUGAGAGUCCUACAACUGGAACGAGAAUUUCAAAGAAGAGCUCAAGAAGCAGCUGGCGAAGACGACGAAGAUACCGAAAAAGAAUCUCCGUCUCCGCAGCAUCUCAUGCCUCAACCAGUCUCCAGUCAGACAGUGAUCACCUCAGUGCCGUCGACUACGGUGUCCAGCAAGCAGGAACCGACGCACGUGCCGCCUACUUCGAUUCUGAAACCGGGCGGAGUCAACCAGCAAGCCCCUCCUCCCGUCAUCAACAACAAUAAUCAUCAGCGAGAGGUUCACGUGACGAAUCAGGGACCAGCGUCGCCUACGGAGAUAUCAGCACCACCACCACCAGAAAGGGGCUCAAGUUUUGCUAUAAUGUCAUUGCGAGCUAAAGAAGGUGUCAGUAAAAGAGUGUCCUUUGAUCCAGCCUCCACACAAAAUAACAUCCAACCAUUGCCUCAAGUACCAAACACUUUACCCAUCGAAGAAACGACCAAAAGAGAAGACCCAAAUAGUUUCAUCCUGCAGGCUGAAUCUAUGUUGGCGUCGCCGACCACGCCCACCGACGCCAGUCCCAACGUUUCCACGGCCACGCCCGGCGUUAUCGGUGCUCAGGAGGUGUACAGAGACCCCAGAGCGCGACGUCUAGCGGAACAACAGAAGAAGAACCAGAACGAGAACACGCCGGUGCCGGAAAAGCUGAGCUUCAAGGAGAAGAUGAAGAUGUUCGCGAUGGAGACGGGAGAACAGGGCACGCCGAAGGACAAGAGUAAAAUUAGUAGGGCGCAGAGGGACAUUGAUACUUUGGGCUCGCCUCCCAGCUCAGGAAUGGUACAUUAGUUAGUGAUGUUAUUGCAAUUUAAAUAAGUCUAUGUCGCGAAUCCUCGGGGUGGAGGAAAGAUAAUUUUUUUAAGGUUAAGUUGGGCUUUAAAAGAAACUAAUAUGAGAGGAGUCGACUUGGUGCGGUGGUGCAUUUUAAGAUGCAACAGAGAAAAGUAUGACAAGGAGUUUUGCUGCUUUUAGCAUCAUGAUAAGUACCCACCACAGAUUACUAAAUUGUAGAGAUGAUAAGUAAGCAAUAUGUCCUUCGUGAAUCUGAUAUCAUUACCGCCCUCUUAAAUAGAAGGUCUUGCAAUAUACGCGUGGAGCCAUCGCAGGAUGACAAUAAUUAUUGGAACUCUUUAUAUCCAGGAUGUCUCUUAAAUAAGUACAAGUACUGUAUGAUCGAAAGAAAAACCGGCGUCCAGUUGGCUUGGAAUUGAACAUCAGUAACAUUUGUAUUUACAUUGUUGUAUAUUAAUUGGUUGUAAAGUUCGACCCUAGAUAUACACCCAUGAGGCUUUUUUCUUGUAAAAGGUUGUUGCAAAUUUUCAAUUUUUCUUUACUUUUUCCUGGACAUUUUAAAAAACUUUUUAGUACUACAGGUUCAUUGCAAUUUUGUGCGAUUAUCACUAAUAAGUAAAGUUCACACAGUAAUUUCUAUUUUCUACAUAAUUAAAUUAGGAAAAUUAAUUUUAAUUAUGUCAGUUUAAUAAUUCUAGAACAACGCACUGUACUUAUUUUUUAACAAAUACUAGUAGAUUUUUACAGUUAUUUUCAACUGAACUGAUUUUACAAGCAAAUGAAUAAAUUUUAUUAGAUAGAUGUGUGAAAUAAUACUUCAAUCUCUUUUAUUUCGCUGCCCUAUUAUAUUUGGCGCCCAACGUGGGGUCAAAAUGAUUACUAUACUAGCAAGUGACUGUAGAACACAUGUUUUUAACACACACUUAAUACAUUUUUAGUAGAGUUCAUCAUAUUAUUUUCCAUUAAAUUAUGUAUAUACGUACUUUCUUGUCCAUGUGGGCAACACAUCGAAUAAGCUGAGAACUGGCUGAUCGGUUGAUUCCGGCGGUUCUCAAAAUGUAAGCAUUAAUUUAUUUAAACAUUUUCAAGUUAAAUAACUCAGUUAUUUUCAAUUUAUUUUAAAAAUGGUAAAAAGAAAAUAAUGUUUUGCAUUUUUUUAAGAGACACCCUUAUAGAGUCGACAGACGAAACUGUAUAGUAUAAAAAAUGGCUUUUAAAUAAAAUUGAUAAGCCGAGCCAAAAUGCUAUUGAAUAUUAUAGAUAGGUACUAGGUAUACCUAAUAAUUUUAAUAUUAACUUAAUAUUUAGCAGAACAACACAAAAAUUGUUGUUCACCUCUUUGGUGGGUAAAUAUCUUGAGACUGACGAAAAUUCAAGAAAAUUGACAAUUUGUAUUCUUGCUCUAAAAUAUGCAUCAAGCAAAACACCACAAGUCAUCAAAUAGAUACAAUACUUUACUAUAAAGUAUUAUUGAACAAGUUUAAUAUACACUGAAAAUGUUAUGAAUUUUAAUUUUUUACUUAUGACAGACAGGUUUUCAAUGUGAUCAAGAGUCUCAUAAUUAAUUCACACAAAUUUACAAGGUGUGUUCAACUAAAACAUAUUUUUGGAUUUUGUACUAGUAAUAUAAAAAAUUACAAACCUAUUUGUAAAUAUUUAAAAUUAUAUUAUUUAAAGGAACAGAUAUAUUCAUUGCCACAAUACAAAAUCCAAAAAUCUUUAUAUUGCAAUUAUUAUAUAAAAUAAAACUUGUAUAACGUGGCGAGAAAUUUAAAAUGCCGAUUUUUAACGAAUUAUGUACAGGGUGUCUCAGAUAAGAAGACGCUCGAGUCCAGAAUAACUAGACCAUACAGAAGCGACAAGUGCGAUUUUUUCGCGAACCAAAUUUUUAAGUGACUUUAUUUCUCAUAUUUUUAAGCUAUAAAUUUUGAUGAUGUCGGUUGUCAAAUUUUGAUUAGCUGAUGCUUAAUAUCAAGGAUCAAUUUAUUGAUAUUUUUUGUCUUGUAUAGAAACCAAAAUUUAUGCGGAAUAAAUUAAAAGUAUAGGUUUGGAAGAAAGAAAAAUACUGUUUCCUCCUCUUUUUUACAUUUUUUACCUG